ACGCUGGGCCUCCCCUCAGUCGGGACUAGCUGAUGAGGACAAGUGGGGUGGGGUGGGUGUCUCAGCCAUAUUAUCUGGGUGGGGGAUCCUGGCACCUCCCACUGGAUCUGGCUCCCUUCCCCGCCCAGGAAGCUAUCCGUCCUGUUGGACUCGUCUAGCCCGGGAGGAAUGGGUGCAGGCCCUGGGUCUUGCCCCGGUUUCCUCGCGGGUGCAGCUGGCACCAUGGGCACCUCACGGGCUCUGCUGCUCUUCCUGCUGCUGGCCUCGGGAGUAAGGGUCCUCGCCUUCAAAGCCUCUUCAGGAAUUCAGAGAACCAAUCUCUCCUCGGACUCAGAAAGAUCUUCCCAGGGCCCGGGUUUGAAAGUUCCCUCCAUCAAACCCCCCAGCUGGAAAUUUCCAGAUCAGUCUCCAGGUUCAAAAGCUGAUAUCCCUCAUUCUGAACGGUCUCCUGAGGUGCUGAAUUUGAAGGACGUGCCCGGGUCCUUCCGGUCCACUGUUUCUGCUGAGGGCAAAAAGCUGAAGCUGGACUCCUUCUCUGGAAAACCUGGUUCCAAAGUAGUUCCUCAUGCCUCGGGUUCUCGAGUUCCUGCCCCAAACCCGGAGCCUUCCUCCUCUGUUAAGACCCCAGCUUCCAACAGGCAAGUCCCCAAUACGAACAUCUCUGUGGAGACCCCAGUUUCAAAAUUCUCCCCUGAGGAUGCGGAUCCCAAAGUUGCCUCAAGCUUAUCCCCGCAAGUGGGGGGCCCUCUUGCGGUGCUGGUGGGGACCACAAUCCAGCUGCCUCUGCUUCCAGUUCCUGGCCUUGGUCCCCCUUCCCCUCUGGUGGUUUGGCGCCAAGGUUCCAAGGUGCUGGCAGCUGGGGCCCUGGGGCCAGGGUCCCCUCUCAUCAGCCUGGACCCCACGUACAAAGGCCGCCUACGAUUUAACCAGACCCAAGCGAGUCUGGAACUCUCCUCUGCCCAGCUAGAGGAUGCUGGGGUCUACACAGCUGAGGUCAUCCGGGCCGGGAUCUCCCGGCAGAUGUGGGAGUUCAUUGUGCGUGUAUAUGAGCCCGUGUCCAACGUGUCGGUGAAGCCUGAGGCCCCGGAGACCGAGGAGGGGGCGGCGGAGCUCCGGCUGCGCUGUGUGGGGUGGAGGCCGGGUCGCGGGGAGCUGAGCUGGACCCGGGACGGACGCGUCCUGGAGGCAGGGGACCCUGCGGGAGUGAAGCCACCCCGGAUCCGCGUAGAGGGCGACCAGCUGCUCAUCGCGCGCCCUACGCGCAGCGACCACGCCCGGUACACCUGCCGCGUCCACAGCCCCUUCGGCCACGCGGAGGCCGCGACCAACGUCAGUGUUUUCUACGGCCCGGAUCUGCCGGUCAUCACUGUCUCCUCCGACCGCGACGCCGACCCCGCCCUCUUUGUCACCGUGGGCAGCAACGUGACCCUGCGCUGCACCGCCGCCUCGCGGCCACCGGCCGACAUCACAUGGAGCCUGGCCGACCCGGCCGAGGCCGCGGUGCCCGCCGGCCCGCGCCUCCUUCUGCCCUCGGUCCGGACCGGCCACGGCGGCGCCUAUGCCUGUCUCGCUGCGAACCCGCGCACCGGUCACCGCCGCCGCUCGCUGCUCAGACUCCUUGUGGCGGAUCUGCCCCCCGGGUCCCCACAGUGCUCAGUCGAAGGGGGUCCUGGGGAUCGCGUCCUCCUCUUCCGCUGCUCGUGGCCCGGCGGGGUCCCUGCCGCCUCCCUGCAGUUCCAGGGUCUCCCCAAAGGCGUCCAGGCGGAACCGGUGUCCUCGGUGCUCCUGGAGGCUGUCCCCGCCCACCCCCGGCUCAGCGGCGUCCCCGUCACCUGCCUUGCUCGCCACCUGAUGACCACGCGCACCUGCACUGUCACCCCGGAGGCCCCUCGAGAGGUGCUGCUGCAUCCGGUGGUCGAGGAGACACAGUCAGGGAAGGUGGAGGUGGCGCUGCAGGCCUCUGGCUGUGGCCCCCCUUCUCGAGCAUCUUGGUCCCGGGAAGGGCGGCCCCUGGCCUCCAGAGGCCGCGGGCACCUGCUGCUCAGCCAGGAUGGGCAGAGGCUCCUGAUCGGCAACUUCAGCCUGAACUGGGACUUGGGAAAUUACUCCGUGAUGUGCAGUGGGGCGCUGGGUGCUGGGACCGACAGGAUCACCCUCACUGGACCUUCUAUCUCCUCAUGGAGGCUGCAGAGAACCCGGCAUGCAGCAGUGCUGACUUGGGAUGUGGAGCGAGGGGCCCUGAUUAGCAGUUUCCAGAUCCAGGCCCAGGAGAGCCCUGACCUGAGCAGAGCCACCAUGUCCAAGGACUGGACCACCCUGCUCACCCUCGGACCUCGGGAUCGCUCAGCUGUGGUGCCCCUCCUUCCUCAGAAGCCCCAGGUCUGCGUCUUUCGUAUCCUGCCCACUCUGGGGCUCCAGCCAGGGACCCCAUCCGACAGCCGGGUCUGCUAUGCCGGCCCCAUCCUGGGCCCCGGGGCCAUCGCUGGCAUCGUCCUGGGCUCCCUACUGGGCCUGGGACUCCUGGCAGCACUUCUCAUCCUGGGCAUCUGCUAUCUGUGCCGCUUUCAAGGAAAGACUCCUAACAGAAAGAAGCGUACGCCCAGGUUGACCCCUGUAUUCACCGUACCGGAAAAUAAGAUGCAGAGCGUGACCCCAGAGCAGACCCCACAGCCUCUGCCCCUCGAAGUUCCUCUGGAGGACCCUAGCCCAACCAGGGCCCACCCAGCCUCUGGUCCGAGGACAGUCAGCUUUCCACGUGGGGACCCCAAGAUUGCUCGGACAGCCACGCACGUGUGACCAGGGCUAGUGGCCUGCUCUGCGCAGAACUUUUGGGGCGGGACUUCCUGUUUCACUCCAGCAGCAGUAGGGGACCUCCUGUCCUGUUGUGACUGAAGGUUGGACCCGUAAGGUGGGACUUCCUGUCUCCCUCUCUCAGCGCAGAAGACUCGCCUUGUACUUGUGCAGCUAAGGAGAUGGGACUUCUGGGCUAGGAGAGACUCCUGCUGACCUAACAGUGUGGCCUGCACAACCUCCAAGCAGUCAAGGACCUGUGGCCGACUGGGAGGGCUUGCUGUGCUGCCCCGAGCUGGAGAGGGCGGCCUGCCUCCAUUCUCUAGAAAGGUCUUCCUAUGUCAACGUUUGCCUGCUUCAGGCCACACUCCAUCCAGCUCCCGGGGUCUUCAUCUUGGAUCAGAUCGCGUUCCUCUUCUCUUUAAGCCCUUCUAUGGCUGCCCGUUGCCCUUCAGAUAUUGUCCAAACUCCUCAUCAUGACCUUCAAAGUCUUGU